AUGGCUAUUGCCCAACAACCCCUACCAUUGCCACCGCAGUGGACCUGCCCUAGCGAUGGUAGACCCAAGGGCACUCUGUAUCAAUCGCGCGAUAUCUGUACAACAAUUGUUUUCGUGAUUGUGGUUUGCCCCAAGCCUCGGCAGAUACCCAUUGGUGGCUUCGCUUCUCAAGCUGAUGCCUUUAUCACCCAGCAGUUGGCACACAGGUCAGAUGGCAGCCGUGUGGCCGUCUGCAAACUGCUGCAGCAAGUACCACGGAUGCUUGUCGCGGCCAAUAACGGUAUCUGUAAGCAAGAAUGGAGUCCUGGAGCGGUACUAGAUUCGCCAGAGGUAGAAGAUUACAGUUUCCUAACGAGGACCCCGGCUCAGGAGGCGCAACGUUCCAUCCAGUUGGGAACGACUCAGUUUGCCUUGUAA